GGAACUCACCCCAUGGGAAAGCACGUAUCUAGACGAACUCCAUGAGCGAAGAAAUCGAGAAGAAUACGAGCGACAACUCGUAGAAGGCCGAGGAGCAAUGGAGGGUGAAGUUCAAAACCGUGAAGAUGAUGGUGUGCUGAAUUUUCUAAUCCUUGAGGACAAGGAAAGUCUUGAAGAGGAGGGGAAUGAUACGGAAGUGGUUAUCAACCCAGGCGAGUCCGACGAGGAAGGUGACGAUGGUCUCGAUAUAUGUCUGGAGAACAUGUUGGAAGAGCCAUCAAGACCGAUAUAUCGACCUUCAUGCAAAAGAGACUGGCCGAAAGGAUGUGGUCCACGGACUAAGCUAAAGCCUAAGAAGAGCAAGACCAAACGAGCCCGGGGGAAACGCAAGGCGAAGGCUAAGGAAUCAUGUUGUUGGUGCAAGCCAUCCACAAGAAAGAGACGAACAAGGAAGAAGGAGGCUAGAAGGAGUGGUUUGCGAUGGGUUGACAAAGGGUGGUGGAUACCGGUGGAUGAUUGUGAGAGGUUGAAGGGUUGGGACCCAUGGCCCGAGCCGACGGAGACGAGCGGCAACAAGGAGGGCGACGGCGAUCGGCUGAUGGGCGAAUGGCACGCAUCAUCCCAUGAUGCGCGUGGUUGGAAAGAGCAGGAUGAUGUACGAGGGUGCAUGAUAGGCGGGCAAGUCACGGACGUCAACUGGGACGCGUUGGCAUUCG